GAACCUAUUUCAUGGCCAAAUUCCUGCAGCUUUAUUUGGAUGCACACAACUGAAAAUUCUCUCUUUGUCUUAUAACAAUUUUGAAGGAAAGAUACACAAAGAUAUCAGAAAUUUAACAGUGCUUGAACAGUUAUAUCUCGGCUACAACAAAUUUAAUGAUGCAGAAAUGCUGUCAUCCAUCAGCGAUGUUCUCAGUUUGGAGUUACUUAACCUAGAAAAUAGUGGCCUAACUGGUCCAAUUCCCUCUGCUAUUGGAAAUCUGACCCUUCUACGGAAUAUUGGCCUAAUGGAUAACAACCUCACAGGAACAAUUCCACCGGAGAUUGGUAACCUAGUGAAUCUAGAGAUAAUCUCAUUGUCAAUUAACAGGAUUGGUGGCCCUAUUCCCGUCAGAAUCUUUAACAUCUCAACAUUGAGAUCUAUCGAAAUGACGGGAAAUUAUCUCUCAGGCCAUCUUCCAUCAAGCAUAGGUCUCCAGCUUCCAAAUCUUGAGCGACUUAUCGUAGCAGGAAACGAACUCAGUGGUCCAUUCCCUGUCUCUCUCUCCAACGCUUCUGAACUCCUUACUCUGGAAUUGAGUUCAAACUUUUUCUUUGGUCCUAUUCCUGAUGCAUUUGGCGAUAAUUCAAGGAACCUAAGAUAUCUCAAUCUGGGGAAUAAUAAUUUUACCAGCAACUCUCUAUCUUCAGAGUUGAAUUUCUUAACGUCUUUGACAAAUUCCAAGAAUUUGAGACUAGUAUUCCUGAGCCUUAAUCCAUUGAAGGGCACUCUCCCGAUUUCUGUAGGAAACUUCUCUUCUUCCCUCGAAAACUUUGUUGCUGAUAGCUGCCAGAUUAAAGGCAGUAUACCCGAAGGAAUUGGCAACUUGAGUAAUUUGGUACAUUUGAGUCUACAAGACAAUGAUCUAAAGGGAACCAUUCCAACUACAAUUGGAAGAUUAAGGAAGCUCCAAUCUUUAUCAUUUUCAGGAAAUAAUUUAGAAGGGUCCACCCCAUCUGAUUUGUGUGAUGUAGAGAGUUUGGCUUUCUUAUAUCUUGGGGAGAAUAAGCUAGUUGGAUCAAUCCCUUCAUGUUUAGGCAAUGUCAGUUCUCUAAGAGAGUUAUCAAUGGGCGCCAACAAUCUUACAUCCACAAUACCUUCGACCUUAUGGAGAGUAAAAGAUAUCCAGCUACUACAGUUAUCAUCAAAUUCUUUAAGUAGAGACGGCUCUCUCCCACUAGAUAUCAGCAAUCUGAAGGUUGUAAGGCAUUUAGAUAUAUCAGGAAAUCAAUUAUCAGGUGAAAUCCCAUCUAGCAUCGGGGACCUCAAUGAUCUAGCUUAUCUCUCUUUGUCCAAUAAUAGAUUGCAGGGGCCUAUUUCUCGAUCAUUUGGUGACAUGGUAAGCUUGGAAUUCUUAGAUUUAUCAAGAAAUAAUCUCUCAGGAGAAAUUCCUGAGGACAUGGAGAAACUUGCAUAUCUUAAAUAUUUCAAUGUGUCUUUCAAUGGACUUCAAGGGGAAAUACCUGGUGGAGGACCAUUUAAAAAGUUCUCAGCUCGAUCAUUUUUGGGGAAUGAAGCAUUGUGUGGUUCUCCUCAGAUGCAAGUCCAACCAUGUAAGACUAGAGGUCGUCAUCAAUCGAAGAAAGCAACUGCAAAUGUAUUUAAGUAUAUUUUACCAGCGCUAGGAGCUGUAGUAAUGGCUACGGCCUUUACUGUCCUCUACGUGAUGCGUGGCAGAAGAAAUGAGAAGCAAAAACAAGGAAAUUUUUCAGAUUUAGCAACAUGGAGAAGGGUUUCAUUUCAAGAGCUUGAGAGAGCAACCGAUGGAUUUGACGAGGUCAACUUGCUAGGUACGGGGAGCUUUGGCUCAGUUUACAAGGGGUUGUUCUCAGAUGGAACGAACGUUGCAGUAAAGGUUUUUCAUUCGCAGCUAGAGGGAGCAUUCAAGAGUUUUGAUGUUGAGUGUGAGGUGUUGCGCAGCAUCCGCCAUCGAAAUCUUGUGAAAAUCAUCACAAGUUGCUGCAACAUUGACUUCAAAGCCUUGGUGCUUGAGUUCAUGCCUAACUGGAGCCUUGAAAAGUGGCUGUAUUCCCACAACUUUUUCUUGGAUCUCCUACAGAGGUUGAACAUUAUGAUUGAUGUUGCGUCUGCACUUGAAUACCUUCAUCAUGGCAAUGCAACACUCGUGGUCCACUGUGAUUUAAAGCCUAGCAAUAUCCUGCUUGAUGAGAAUAUGGUCGCUCAUGUGAGUGAUUUUGGCAUUGCUAAACUCCUUGGCGAAGGGCACUCCAUCACACAAACAAUGACACUAGCCACUGUUGGUUACAUGGCACCAGAGUAUGGAUCCGAAGGGAUUGUUUCUGUCAAGGGCGAUGUAUAUAGCUACGGUAUUCUGCUGAUGGAAACUUUUACUAGAAGAAAGCCCACCGAUGAAAUGUUUACUGGAACAACGAACUUGAAACUUUGGGUCAAAGAUUCAUUACCUGGUGCAGUAACUCAAAUUGCAGAUGCUAACUUGAAAGAUCAUGGAAAAUAUCCUGCUGCUAACAAAGACUGUCUAUCAUCCAUUUUGGAAUUGGCCCUGCAAUGUUCUGCAGAACAGCCUGAGGAGAGGAUAGAUAUCGAAGAUGCUCUCACUACUCUCAAAAAGAUCAAAGCAAAGUUUCUAAAGGAUUCGCGAGGGAUUGAAACUUCAUAUGUUUAGUUAGAUUUUUUGUCCCUGUUGUCUGCGCCAAGUGUCCUGUAAAUCUCCGUUCUUGUAGUAAAUCUUAAUAGCAGAACCUUGGUAAUGUGAUCACCAAACAACUCUAAUGAAUAA